ACCCGCAUAGAUAUGGUGACAAAUCGAAAAUUAUCACUUGAGCCAAGCCAAACAAAAUUCAAGGGCAAAACUAUAGGAUAUCGGCAUCUGCAAUGUCUACUGAUAUCCUUGACAUUUGGACUACUUUUCGCCAUGCGCGUCAACCUCUCGGUUGCCAUUGUGGCUAUGAUGGAUAAUAAGGGCGCGAAUCCAAAUUUUCCUGAGUAUGCCUGGACGCAGAAAACCAAAUCUCACAUACUCAGCAGCUUCUUUUGCGGUUACAUUUUGGUGCAAAUUCCCGCUGGUGGCUGGGCGCGACGUUUAGGUGGUCACUUAUUACUCCUCAUGAGUAUAACGAUGAGCAGCAUUAUGGCGCUACUAACCCCGUUUAGUGUCAAUUUAGGUGGUUGGCCAUUGCUAUGUGCAUUGCGCUUUUGUCAGGGCUUAUUUCAAGGUGUAACCCUUCCAACAAUUGCAACAUUAAUGUCCAAAUGGGCACCAAUCGAGGAACGUAGUGCCUUGCAAACAUAUUGCUAUUCAGGUGCACAAUUGGGCAUAGUGAUGAUGUUGGCUACCAGUGGUGUACUUUGCUCUUCCAGCUGGGGUUGGCCAAGCACAUUCUAUCUACCCGGUGUACUAGGCUUACUUGUGGCUAUACUUUGGUUUAUAUUCGGUGCGAGUACGCCGCGUGACUGUAAGCACAUUUCUCUCGAAGAACGUACCAUGAUUGAGGAGUCAUUGGGGCAUAGUAAGAAAAGCGAUGAAAUUAUACCACAACAUGCAGUGCCGUGGAAGAAAAUAUUCACAUCGAAGCCAUUUUUGGUACUCUUAUUUACUCAUUGCACCAACAAUUGGUGCUUUUGGACGUUGCUUACCCAAAUACCAUCCUACAUUAAUAGUGUGCUCGGCAAGGAUAUCAAGAGCAAUGCAAUGCUCUCGUCACUACCCUAUAUAACUAUGUUGUCGCUAUCGCUUGUACUCUGUCCAAUGGCGAGCUGGUUAGAGAAAUCAAAAUUAUUAAAUGCCACUGUCAGUCGUAAGAUUUUCAAUACAAUCGGUCAUUGGACACCGGUCAUAUCACUCGUAUCAUUGGGCUACUUAAGGCCCGAUCAAGGCGAUUUGGCAGUCGCUUUGCUAACAAUAUCCGUUACCAUCAACACAUUAGCGCAUUUUGGCUAUGCUGUGAAUCAUCUGGACUUGGCACCCAACUUUGCUGGUACCUUGAUGGGCAUCGCCAAUUGCUCAUCCAAUGUUAUGGGUAUCUUAGCGCCACUAGUGGUUGGCUUCAUCGUCACGGAGACGACAAACAUCUAUCAAUGGCGCAUAAUCUUCUCAUUAGCUGGUGCCAUUAGUUUUUCAGGCAAUCUUAUGUUCCUGAUAUUCGGUACAGCUAAGGUGCAACAUUGGAACGAGCCUCCUCGUAUAGUUCAAGAAACAGAACCACUAAAAGGAUUGGUCAUUGAUGUGAAGAAGACCGAUGAUGAAGCUGAGGAAGACGAUGUUCGAGUUUAAGUGCGAUGUAAUAUGACAAAAUAUUUCUUUCGAACUAAGUUGGUUUUCCUCAGUUUCAUAUAGUCUAUGUCGAGCGUGUAGCUAUACGGGGUUUACAAGCACAACCUAUUCCAGUAGGCGUCGUGGGGUGAUAUCUU